GGAACCUGUGUAUCGUUGAACCCAUUUCCGGUGCGACGGGGAAAUGUGUCCGAUAGAAAUGUAACUGUUACAUCGAAGUUUGAGAAGUUCUGCUGCUUGUUUGCUAUUUUAAACUCGUAUCUGUAUAAAACGCUAUAUAUAUAUGUGCUUAAUGGUGAAUCACUGUAAGGUAAGACUAGCUUGUCAAAAUGAACGCCAAAGUAUUAUUCGUCAUAUCUGCGGUCUUUUCACUGGCAGCUGCGGCAGCGGGUGAGAUGGUGAAUAUAUCCAAAGGAAAGAUGGUAAUGGGAACCAGUGCAGCUGAUGGGAGAGAUGGAGAGGGACCCGUCAAGGAGGUUAAAGUGAAGCCCUUUAAAAUGGACAAAUACCCGGUGACAAAUACUGAUUUCAGAGACUUUGUGAGAGCACAGAAGUACAAAACUGAAGCUGAGACGUUUGGUUGGAGUUUUGUGUUUCAAGACUUUGUGUCAGAAGAGCUGAAGAGCAAAGUCACACAGAAGAUUGAGUCUGCUCCUUGGUGGCUGCCUAUUGAUCGGGUGUUUUGGAGACAGCCUGCAGGACCUGGUUCAGGCAUUCGGGAGCGUCUGAGCUUCCCUGUGGUUCAGGUGAGCUGGAACGAUGCUCAGGCGUUCUGCCUCUGGAAGAGCAAGAGACUCCCUACUGAGGAGGAGUGGGAGUGGGCUGCACGAGGGGGGCUGCAAGGUCGGAUUUUCCCGUGGGGAAACAAGUUCCAGGCCAACCGUACCAACCUGUGGCAGGGAUCCUUUCCAGACGGAGACACGGCAGAGGACGGUUACCAUGGCGUCUCUCCUGUCACAGCAUUUCCUCCUCAGAACAGUUAUGGGCUGUAUGACAUGAUGGGGAACACUUGGGAAUGGACCUCCACACCCUUUCCUGCAGCUCAGCCACAUUUUGUGCUGCGAGGCGGCUCCUGGAUCGACACGCUGGACGGCUCAGCCAAUCAUAAGGCGCGAAUCACAACAAGGAUGGGCAAUACUCCGGACUCUGCCUCUGACAACCUGGGAUUCAGGUGUGCCGAUGAUGAUGGAGAGAAACAAGGGAAGAAAAAAGACAAAACUGAACUGUAGCAACGCAGGAAAUAUAAAGUGAAUGAUAAAAAAGUUCUUAGGAAAAAAACAGGGACCAAUCAGGUAUCGAUGACUUACAGUGAAUUUUAAUAAAUGGAGACAGGAGUGUAGAAUCAAACUGUAUUUCUCCUGUGGAGAAUUUAGCUUUUUUACAAAAAAUAACAUACCUCACAUCCAAGAAAUAAAAAAAAUGGAAAGAAAGAAAAGUUUCUUGUAGCUUUUUUGCUGUAACGUAGGGAUUUACUGGCUUGACUGCAGAUUCUUGUUGCUCAUGGACUCAUUUCACUGACUGGAGAAAGAGGACACUUCCUUUCCAGUGAUGCAAACUUGUCACCUUUCGGCAAAAUUCGCCGUUUUGAAUCCAAAAUAGGUCGUUUGUGUGAUUCAUGUAGAUCUGCAAUAAAAAUAUUUUUGGGGUCUGGGACCCGGAGUGAUCUGCGGCCGUGAGCUGUUAUGUGCCAUCAUGAAACGCAUGGUGUUCUUUUUUUAUAUAUUAUAAUGAAGUGCGAGCUGUGUGCUCGAGUCUUCCUGCCUGUCGGCUCUGCCUAUAGAUGUAUAAUAAGGCUGCUGCUCCGAGAUGAUGGUCUAGCUUCAGCAGCUACAUUACCCACGGGUGCGUUCGUUAAUAUUAACUGCGCGUCCGGAGUCACUGUGGCACAUACUGGACCGCUGGUGAACAGCUG